AUGGCUUACGCUAAGCUCCGUGAUGACAUGGGUGAGCAGAGUCUCAAUGCCGGGUUCGAGGAGCGAUGGACUCCGAAGUUCUGGCGGAGAGGCGCAGGCAAUGCUGUGAAUGAUCACCUAGGCGACGUGCCGGAUUCGAUCCGGGAUCAGAUGAUGCGUCAUGAUCCUAACCAGAACACAUUCCUGGAGGAGGAGAAACAGAUCCAGCUAUUCAAACUCUUUGCCUAUGUUAGUAUCUUAUGGGAUCCUCGCGCAAUGAGAGAUAUGGUUCCCGAGGAUGUAUGGAGUAAUCUCCCACUAGACCCCGAGAUCAGUGAGCUCGAAGUGCUACGUGCCGAACUUAAGGGCGGCCAGUAUCGACUUGUUGGUAACAAGCAUGAAACCAAGAUCUGCCAGCUUACCUAUACCAUCUCCUUGAAACGUACAAAUCGCGAUAAGCUCGUUGUCAAGAAAUAUCGCAAAGAUUACUUUUAUAAUGGUCCUACCCGGGACAUUGAGCGGCAACAAGGGGGGCAAGAGGAAGAUGAAUACAUAGAGCCGAAGCUGGAUCUGGAUAUCCCUGAACGCGCUCAACUGGCUGAGCUGCUGUGCCAUCAACCAGAGCAUUGGAGCGAAGAACAGAUCUCGAAAGCACGAGUUGAGGUUAUUGAUCUAUAUGCAGCUCUUUGUAAGAAAAAAGAGACAGUUUAA